GAAUGGAAGCUAAUCAGUGUACCAUUUGCUGGAUACCUCUUUCUUUUGUAACUGUAAUUAUGAUAAUUUCUUUACUAAAAAACGUGUCAUACUUCUUGAAAAACAAAAAACAAAAAGGUAUCCCUAUAAAAUGUAAUUACCUUAGUCUUUGCAAUGAGGAAUUUCAUGCAGAAGCUUAUCCAGUUUAUGACAACCUUAAUCCCUACCAUCAGGAGAUGCUAAAUGAAAGUUGCUAUGAGAAAAUGAAUGUCCAUUCUCCCAGAUCCACCACUGAUGUACAGCAGAUAGCUGAACGCCAAAUGUGCUAUGCUUCCCUUGAUCAUAGUGUCAGAAGAAAGCAAAAAAUUCUGCCCAAAAAGAAAUAUCCUACAUUAGAAAUGGGUGAAAAUCAACUUACCAGAAACACCACCACGCUGUCUUGCAUUUAUCUCAACAGUGAACAACUCAGUGCUGAAAAUAAGUUGACUGAAAACACUCCUCACGUUGAUUCGUUCAGAGAGUUUGGUUUAAAACACAAGGCAAACGAUGUCAUGUUUUAGUAAACAAAUAAUUUUCUCAAGGUAAACAUUCACUAAGACAGUCAAUUGCCAAGUUAGAUAAGUGAUUGCUUGAACAAAAUAAUUUGUGCCAUUGAGUUCUGUAGAGGAACAAUUUAUAUAACUUUCUGAGACUUUUAAUUAAAUUUUGCCCACCAUUUGACAUGGUGCUUAGAGUAGUCUGGAUCAUGGAAGAAGUUGUCUGAGCAGUGGAGAAACUUGCUUGGCCCUUUAGCAUGCCAGUGGGGAACUGGUUCAAUACCCUCCACCUGGUUCAUAUAUGAGUAGGAGCCAAAUUACAAUCUUUGCUGUAAAGCAGUUAUAGUCCAUUAGAAGAUUAGAACCACUAACAAAAAUUUUGCUAACUUCCUGAGAAAAACUUAUUCAUUCAGCUCUACUCAGUAUAAUUAUAACUUGCCAUACUGCACAUGUAAUAACAUCAGGAAAUAUUUAAGGUUAAUUAGGGAAUAAUGUAUCAGCUUUGAUUCAUCUAAUUAACAGUUGUACAGCUAGCAAAUGUAAUGUCGGCAUGUAUUUAGUUUCCUGCUAGUUAAGAACUGCUAGAGUCAAUCCCAAUUACUCAAUGAGAAUGUAAUGUCUUGAGCAUCUGAAUUAAAUGGUCUGUAAAAAAAGUAGUAAAUGAGGUAUAAAAAUAAAUCUCCAAGGAAGAAUUUGACAUUUUUCAUUGUAUUUAAGUAACUGUUAUUGACUUUUACACCAGUUUUAUAGUGUAUUCUAUAAGAAGUGAUACUCCUAAUUACUCCCCAGAUAUACCUGUUCAAUUCAGUCCAAAACAUUGUCUUGUAAUAAAAACUACCUGAAUGCAUUGGAAAUCUCAUAAUAUAGCAAUGAAGUUUGAAUUAAGCAUUUUAUUGUCUUGAAAUCAGUUGAUGAUCUUUAAAUCUGUCUUAUACCUUUUUUGAUUACUAAGUAACAGUGGCAUUUUGUUCCUAGUGAACAGAUUCAAGAAAAAAUUGAUAUAGUUGGUAUAGUUCCAGGAAGUAAAUAUUUAAAUGACAUUUCAUCUAAUUUGACAUGAAAGUAAACAAUUAGUUCCAAAAUAUGUAUUAUAUGCUUCCUC